UCACAUGUGCCAACCAAUCAUACCUCGGACUAUAGACCACGUGGUAUCAGAGGUGCCAGAGACGGUUUUUUCUCUCGCGAAGAGUCACGUUCAGAGACGCCACGUCGCUCGAAUAUUGUCACCAAUUGUAUCAUUACAGCACGCCGUGUUGGGACCCCAUUUGAGGAAUAUGAGUCGUCCGCAACAGGAGUAUGUUGACCCUUACGAGCCGGGCGCACAAUUCGUCCAGCAGACGAGGACCCAUGCUCAACAUCCGGGACACCCACAACGUGGCAACUUUGCUACAUCUUCGACCUCUUCGCUCGCUCCUCCGUCGAUGUCUCGCAAUGCGAGCGACCCAAGUAUGUCGUCUGGUGCGCUUGCUCUGCAGCAGUUGGACGGAACGCUACAGAGUCAGAGGCGAAUGUCGGGCCCACCAGCAUCUCCACCUGGUCACGUGAUCACCCAUCAGGGUGUCACCGGGCAGUCAUACACGGACGUUUCUGAUAUCCACUCUAGUACGUCACACGCACUUCAGGCAAAUGCGGAUGCAUUUUUUGGACAUGCCGCAAUGGGCGUGUCUGUUCGUUCGAAUGUUGGUCCUGCAUUGGGGCCUUCGAUCGGACCCACAGGUACUCGCCUUCCUGCAGCAGUACACCCUCCACCUGGUCAGCCAAUUGGUUUGUCGGCUUAUUCGUCUACUGGUCCGCAUGGUGGCUCAUCAGCCGGACAGUUUGGAGUUGCAUCGGUCGGACCUCCUGGUGUGUCACGUUUGGGAAUGUCUUCGGGUGUUGUGAGGCCGGGACAAAGGCAGUAUUCGUCGGGUGCUUAUCAUGCUGGUUCGGAUGCACGGCAGUCGUCUAUGCAGCAGUUUGCUGGCAGGUUGGGAAAUGAAGGGAUUGGCUCUCGUCUCCCGGUUGGAGUCGGAGGUCUGUCAACUGGCCUUCUAACCAGUGCUCACACAGUUCCACCACCAGGCCCUCCGACUGGCUCCACAACAGGUCAUUCAAUUGGGUAUCAGACUAGCCAUCGAGCUAACCCAUCAACUGGACUUCAGACUUGUUCUGUAACUGGUACUCAGAUGGGCUUUACAGGUGGUGUUCAAAUGCAGGCAGGUCGUUUGACUGGUUAUCACACAGGUCUGCCAACUGGUGCUCCAACGGGUCUGCCAACUGGCGCUCCGACCGGCCCUCCGGUUGGUGUUCAGACGGGCCCUUCAAGUGGUCACCAAGAAGGCAUGCUGUUAGGCCCUCCAACUAGCUUUACAACGGGUUUUCAUAGUGGUACAUCGCCUGGUCUUCCAGCUGGUCGACCAACUGGUUAUCCAUCUGGACCUCCAGCUGGCCCUCCAACUGGCUUUUCAACUGGACCUCCAACUGGUCCAUUGACUGGGCCUUCAACUGGCCCUCCGACUGGACCUCCAACUGGUCGUUCAACUGGCCCUUCAACUGGUUUUUCAACUGGACCCCCAACUGGUCUUUCAACUGGAUCUCCAAGUGGCCCUUCAACUGGACCUCCAACUGGUCUUUCAACUGGACCUCCAACUGGCUCUUCAACUGGUCCUCCAACUGACCUUGGUUCUUCGUCUGGCCUUCCAACAGGUCCUCCAACUGGUCGUUCAUCUAGCUUUCCAACUGGCCUUCCAACUUUCCCUUCAACUGGUACUUCAUCUGGUCCUCCAACUGGCCUUUCAACUGGACCUCCAACUGGUUCUCUAACUGGACCUCCAACUGGUUCUCUAACUGGCCUUUCAACUGGACCUCCAACUGGCCUUUCAAUUGGUUCUUCGUCUGGCCUUCCAACAGGUCCUUCAACUGGUCGUUCAUCUAGCUUUCCAACUGGCCUUCCAACUUUCCCUUCAACUGGUACUUCAUCUGGUCCUCCAACUGGCCUUUCAACUGGACCUCCAACUGGUUCUCUAACUGGCCUUUCAACUGGACCUCCAACUGGCCUUUCAAUUGGUUCUUUGUCUGGCCUUCCAACAGGUCCUCCAACUGGUUGUUCAUCUAGCUUUCCAACUGGCCCUCCAACUGGUUUUUCAUCAGGUCCUCCAACUGGUGCUCCAGCUGGUCCUCCAACUGGUCUUUCAUCAGGCCCUCCAACUGGCCCUUCAGUUACUGUUUCUUCUGGUCAGACAUCUGCUCAUCAGUCAGUAUUUAGUGAUGGGAAACACACGAGGAGAUAUCCCAGCAUGCCUACAGCUGCUGCCGAUGCUCUCGAGUCUCAAUCACCUCAGCUGUCUCAACCAUCACAGUCGCAGUUUGCUGCUCCUGUGGCUGCUGGUGCUGAGCGUCAGGCUGGUGGUGUGGCUCAGCAUCCUGGAAUGUCGCAAGGGAUGUCGGGUAUUGAUAGAAGGCAGGAACAGCAAGCUGUGUUAGGGACGUUUAAUUUGUUGGAGCGACGACACAUUGUGCCAGCUCAUCCUGCACCGGUGAACAAUCCAGUGGUAGACAACAAGAACAACUGUCCGGUCGAUUUGUUGUCUUGUACGUUGAAUGCUGUUCCUGAGACGCAGAGUUUGCUGGACAAAGCAAGAUUGCCGUUUGGAAUACAUUUGCAUCCUUUCAAGGAGUUGCAAGAAGAUGAGUUGUCUAUUAUCCAAUCAGGUGUGAUCAUUCGCUGUCGUGGCUGUCGCACAUACAUCAGCCCAUUUGUUCAACUUGUGGACCAAAGAAGGUGGAGAUGCAACGUCUGCUUCAGGAUAAACGAUGGUGGUGAUGAGUUGGAGUAUGAUACAACACGUGGACGGUUUAUGAAGGAGAGAAAACCGGAGAUGAGAAAUUGUGUUGUGGAGUAUGUUGCUCCAUCAGAGUACAUGUUGCGGCCACCUCAGCCAAGUGUCUUCUUGUUUGUGCUCGACGUAUCAACAACCGCACUUGAAACAGGUUACCUGCCCGUCUUCUGCAACUGUCUUCUUGCGCAGCUUGACAAGCUGCCAGGAGACUCGCGGAUGAUGAUUGGCUUGAUGAGUUUUAAUAGUUCGCUUCAUUUCUACAGCAUGAAGGCAGGUUUAUCACAGCCACAGAUGAUGGUUGUGUCUGAUGUGGAGGAUCAGUUCUUUCCGUCUCCGGAUGGUUUGCUUGUGAAUUUGAAAGAGAGCAGACAGCUGGUCGAGUCUUUGCUGGAACAGCUACCGUCCAUGUUUAACGCGGCAACCGUUCCAUAUGAUCCUAACAGUGCUGUUGGGCCAGCUCUGUUGGCGGCAUUCAAAUUAGUGUCUUCUCACGGGGGCAGAAUAACAUUCUGUCAAGCAAGUCUUCCCAAUUUUGGCGAGGGACAGUUGAAAGCAAGAGAAGACUCCUCACAACUACAAUCAAAAGCACAGGAUGUUCUUCAUCUUCAGCCGGCAACAGAUUUCUAUAAAAAGCUUGCGCUUGACUGUUCACAGCAGCAAGUAGCGAUUGACCUUUUUCUGCUUUCAUCGAAAUAUGCUGAUUUGUCGAGCAUCUCACCAAUGUGCAAGUUCUCUUCUGGCUGUGUGAAUUACUAUCGUAAUUUCAACGUUGACACAAACCCAGCAGUUGCGAGGAAAUUUCAACAUGAUCUACGACGGUAUUUGACGCGACCAAUCGGCUACGAGGCUGUCAUGAGAAUUCGCUGUACGAGAGGACUUGCUCUGCAUGCGUUUCAUGGCAACUGUUUUAUUCGUUCUACGGACUUGCUCUCGCUUCCGAAUGUCAAUCCGGAUCACGGAUUCGCGAUUCAGGUUGCGAUCGAGGAGUCACUGACGGACAUACCGUGUGUGUGCUUUCAAGCGGCGUUGCUGUACACGAGCAGUAGAGGAGAGCGGCGCAUUCGUGUGCACACGUUGGUUCUACCAACCACUAGGAAUAUACAACAAAUCUAUGCAAAUGCAAAUCAACAUGCUAUUGUAGGAAUGGUCAGCAAAAUGGCCGUUGAUCGCUGUUUCUCGUCAUCUGUUGGAGCAGCUAGAGACGGCAUUAUCAAUGUGGUGAUUGACGUUCUGGCUGCGUAUCGAAUGAUUCAUCCAUCACAUCAACACGGCGGACUACUGGUGUCGACGUCUCUGAGUUUGUUAGCAUUACACUUACAGGCUCUACUUAAGCAUACUGCUUUUCGCCUCAGUGGAGCAAUUCCAGUUGACGAGCGUGUCUUUGCUAUGCUCUUACUGAAAUCUCUGCCUCUCAGUCAGCACAUGACGUACGUAUAUCCCCAAAUGUAUGCAAUUCAUCUAAUCACCGAAGACUGUAUAGUUCCUAUGAAGGAUGGUCCGUUCUACAACGUUCCCGUGUUGCAGUUGACGGCUGAGAAAUUAAGUAGGAAAGGAGCGUAUCUAAUAGACAAUGGACAGGAGUUGGUUGUUUGGAUCGGCAGAGAUAUAUCAAACGAUUUCUGCAUCGAUGUUUUUGGAAAAACCAAUUAUUCUAAUCUUCCUGAAUUCUCAAGUAACUUUCCGUGUCUUGAGAAUCCUAGAUCGCAAUGUGUUUAUGGAUUCAUCAAGCAGCUUCAAGACAGUCAACCGCAUCACGCUAGUCUUUACAUUUUGAGGGAGGACAGUCGUGUGCAACGUCUCUUUACUCGGCACUUGCUCGACGACCGAACAGAUUCUAGUAUGUCGUACUACGAAUUCUUGCUGCACGUUCAGAGGCAACUGACUAAGUAAGAUUUCCUGUAUGCCUCGAUUACGC